UGUUCUCCCUCAUAUAUACUCAGGAGACCAUGUGGAUAGGUUCCUCCCUGUCUCUGGCCAGCCUCAGCAGGGUGUUGUCCUAAGAUGCCACGAUGCUGGGCUCUGCAGAGGGGCUGUGCCUAGGGGGGAGAUUUCAGGGCAGGUGCUAGAGGCAGACAUGCGCAGGGUCAGCAGCUAUCCAUCUGUGGGAGCUCAUCAGGAAUUAUGGUGUGUUCCCAGCACUGAGGCUGAAAAGGAAGAAGGGCUGGAGCAUGGCGUCCCAGGCAGCAGAGGAUGGGAAACAGACCUCCUCCGAGGUGGCAGAUGAAUUCAUGAACUGGUACAUUGCGGAGCCUCUAGAGCCUGAGGAGGAGGUGCAGCCAGAGGGGGAGGAGUACCCCUGCCAGCCCAGUGUGUCACCUGUCCUGCACCACGCCUGCCUGGCCUCGCUGUCACUCCUGGUUCUCUUGCUGCUGGCCUUGCUGGUGAGGCGUCGCAGGCUUUGGCCACGAUGUGGUCACCGCAGGCCCGGACUGCCCAGCCCUGUGGAUUUCUUAGCCGGGUACCGAUCCUGGACAGUGCCCACUGCUGUCUUUGUGGUCCUCUUCAGCAAUCUGUGCCUGCUGCUGCCUAAUGAGGAGCCACUGCCUUUCCUGGGACUCAAGGAAGAUUCCAGCCUAGACGAGGAGACAGAGACAUCAAGAGGGCCCUGGAUGCUACUGGCCCUGGUCUACUAUCCAGUCCUUUACUACCCUCUGGCUGCUUGUGCCACGGCCGGGCACAGGAGUGCAUACUUAUUGGGUACUGUGCUUUCCUGGGCUCACUUUGGAGUUCAGGUCUGGCAGAGAGCUGAGUGUCCUCAGGACUUCAAGAUCUACAAGUACUACUCCUUGCUGGCCUCCUUGCCUCUGUUCCUGGGCCUGGGGUUCCUGAGCCUCUGGUACCCAGUGCAGCUGGUGCAGAGUGUCCGUUACCGGAUGGGAGCAGGAUCUCAGGGGCUGCAGACCAGCUACUCUGAGGAGUAUCUGAGGGCCCUCCUCUGCCCAAAGAAGCUGGACAGCCGCUCCCGCCCCAUCUCCAAGCAUAGCUUCCUGUCUUGGGCCUGGGCCUGUUUCCAACACUCCAUCUAUACUCCACAGCCAGGGUUCCACCUGCCCUUGAAGCUGGUGAUCUCAGCCACUCUGACAGGAACAGCCACUUACCAGGUGGCCCUGCUGCUGGUGGUGAGCGUAGUGCCUACUAUCCAGAAGGUAAGGGCAGAGAUCACCACAGAAGUCUCCUACCUGCUGGCUGGCUUUGGGAUCGUGCUCUCCAAGGACCGGCAGGAGGUGGUAAAACUGGUGAAGCAUCACUUGUGGGCUUUGGAAGCAUGUUACAUCUCGGCUCUGGUCUUAUCCUGCUCAUUGACCUUCCUGCUCCUGAUCCGCUCCCUGGGCACUCACAGGGCUAAUCUUCAAGCACUGCACCGAGGGGCUUCCCUGGACCUGGGCCCCCCACUUCAGAGCACUCACCCCUCUCGUCAAGCCAUAGUCUGCUGGAUGAGUUUCAGCGCCUAUCAGACAGUCUUCAGCUGCCUCGGGCUCCUGGUGCAGCAGGUCAUCUUCUUCUUGGGGACCACCAUCCUGGCCUUCCUGGUGCUUAUGCCUUUGUUCCAUGGCAGGAACCUCCUGCUCCUCCAAUCCCUGGAAUCCACGUGGCCCUUCUGGUUGACUUUGGUCUUGGCUGUAAUCCUGCAGAACAUAGCAGCUCACUGGAUCUUCCUGGAGACUCGCCAUGGUUACCCAGAACUGACCAACAAGCGCAUGCUCUGUGUAGCCACUUUUCUUCUCUUCCCUAUCAACAUGCUGGUGGGCAUGGUAGUGGUCAUCUGGCGGGUGAUUCUCUCUUGUGUGUACAACACUGUUCACCUUGGUCAGAUGGACCUCAGCCUGCUGCCACAAAGAGCUGCUUCCCUGGACCCAGGCUAUCGCACAUACCGAAACUUCCUGAGGAUUGAGGCCAGUCAGUCACAUCCAGCAGUCAUAGCGUUCUGCACCCUGCUCCUGCAUGCGCCAAGUCCACAGCCCCGGCCCGCACUGGGCCCCCAGGAUGGCCUCAGACAAGCAGAGGAAGAAGAAGGGAUGCAAUUGUUACAGACCAAGGACCUGCUGGCCAAGAGAGCAGGACCCAAGGGCAGCCAGAGUAGGGCCCGUUGGGGUCUGGCCUACACGCUGCUACACAACCCAAGUCUGCAGGCCUUGCGGAAGUCAGCCCUAAAUGGUGCCAAGGCCAAUGGCACCCAGCCCUGAGGGUGAGGAAAGCCAUGCCACCCUGCUGUAUGUGCUGAGGCACAUUCCUGUCUACCAUACUCCCUCCCGUCGUCCAUGUCAGCAUUCCCCCUCCCCCAGUGGCAACUCUGUCAGCCAGCAGAUCCCUGCGGGAUCAGGAGACUGGAGUCACUGUGUCUACACCACCAGCCUCAAGAGGACAUUGAGGACGUUGGUCUGUGCUUGUCCACCAGGCUACCAGCUAGGGCUCUAGAGAAACCAGAUGGUGGGCUCUCAUUCUUGGAACUGGCAGAACAGGGGUGGCCACAUUUAGGCCUCUCCUUCCGGCACUGGCUCUGCCCUCAGCUUGCCUGCUGGGCCUCACUGAGGCCCCUCUUGCUCACUGCUGAGGACGAAAGGUCUGGAUAUCUCCCAUCCCAGCUGGCCCCACCUCGGUCCCAACCCUCCCAGCCUGAAGGUGGAGCCUGUGUGGGUUUCUUCUCUGCCCCAGAUUUCUCCUUCCUCUCUCUUCUUACCACCCUUCCCUGUGCAGCCAAAUCAGACUCCAAGAGGCCCCACUGAGCUGCCAACUCCAAGAGCUACAUAUUUUUGUAGUUUUAAUGCCGUUAGUUGUCAUGAAAGAAGUUAGUGUGUUUUUGGUAAUAAAUGUGCCCUGAGGAACAUUCCUCCUUAUGGGGGAGGGCUCUCAGGAGAAUCACCUACACUGUCA